ACAAACGUAAAUUAAAUGGUCGAUAAAACUUAUCGACAAGUUUGUGUGACAGAAACAGUGCAUCCCUUAAAUAUUGACUGUGUUUGUCGUAUUUCUUUUCUUAGGUGUUAUAUUUUAUUUUCCAUAAUUGAAUAUUGUAAUAACUAUAACAUAGUUUAAACUGAUUAAAAGUAUUAUUGUUUAUUGUCGGAAUAGUUUAAUGCCUUAAAUAUGGCGCAUUUACAGUACAUGCCAGGGGAUCCGCGUUUGGUGGAUCAACUAGUUUAUGAGUUGAAGUCAAAGGGUAUUUUUGAUCAGUUCCGUAAAGAUUGCAUCGCAGACGUAGACACGAGGCCAGCGUACCAGAACCUGAGGCAGAGGGUAGAGAACUCCGUGUCCUCGUUCCUGUCACGUCAGUGCUGGAAAGCAGACCUUAAUAAGAAUCAGCUCCGAGAGAAGCUGAGGAAACAUAUACUUGAUGGAAACUACUUGGAGCAAGGUGUCGAAAGGAUUGUUGAUCAGGUGGUAAACCCAAAAGUUGCGUCCGUAUUCAUACCACAAGUUGAAGACUUAGUGUACAACUAUCUCGGAAUAUCCAGAAAGAAAACAGCGCCCACAGCUGAAACAUCAAACGGUAAAAUAAGCACUGAUGAUCUCCUGCCGACAGACUUAGAAGCAGUCAGUCCAGGGUCAGUCAAAAGUAAUGACGAUAAAAAUGAACCAAUGGAUGAAGAUUUUAAUGAAGAAAACAAAAUGGAAGUGGAUGAAACAAAAGAUGUUAAAGCCGAAGAGAAAAACUCAACCCUUGAACAAGACAAACCAAAAGUUGAAGAGGAAUCUCAGCUAUCUCAAACCCACGACCUCACCAAUGUUCCCGACGAAGACACAGACAAGAAAGCUUUGCCAAUGCAUGAAGAUAUAAGACUAGAGAAUAUACCGCCGCCUGACAACAGCCCACCGAAGGUCGAACUCGAAAAGAUCGAGCUCCCUAAAGAACCCAACAUAGCUUGUGAAAUACCAAACCCAGAUGAAAUACCCUUGCCAAAAGACGAAAAAGACCAUUACUUCAAACCUAUUGGACCUAACAGUGACGAUGAGUCCAGCAGUGACUCAUCAUUGCGCAGAAAUAUGUCUCCAUUGACACCUAUACGGAAUUAUAAUAACGAGAACUCGUGCGACGCCCAACAGGCCUUCGAGAAUGAUUCUGACAGUAAAAGCAAUGAUAAGAAAGAACCGAGCUCCUUCAGAUUCGCUAUAGAUGCUAAAUCGACUGAAAACAGUCCAGAUAAAACUGAAAAGAAAGAUGAACAAGCUAAUCUAGCGUAUCAGUUCAACAACCAAGUUAAUAUAAACACAUUUAACACGCCAGUGUACGAUGACAGUUCUAACAGCAAUAACUUACAAAUCGAUUAUGAAAGUGACGUAAAUAGCAAGACUAAUAACGAGAAAGCACCUGAAAAUGAUCAGAACACAGAAGACAAAAAAGAUAAGAAGAGUGAUGAGAGGAAGAGUAGUAACAAGAGUUCCCAUAGAUCGAGAGAUUCUAACCGACAUUCUAGUAGCAAAGACAAAAGGUCAGACUCAAAACAAUCGACUUCAAGAGACGGCAGCAGACAUGACAAGAAACCUAAAGACGACCACAGUAAAUCCAAAUCCAGUCACAAAGAACGAGAGAAGUCUAAAGAGAGAGAUCGGAGCGAGAGGAAAGACAGUAGAGAUUCGUCAAAACACAGAAGUUCCUCUCACAAGAGUAGCUCAAGCCGGCGAGAUUCUAAAUCUCAUAAGAGUUCUAGCUCAAGGCAUUCGAGCGAUAAGAAGUCUUCUGACGACAAAAAGUCCUCAUCUAGUCGAGACGAUAAAAACAGAGACAAAGAGAAAUCUGACAAAUCAGAGAGGAGCUCUGACAGAAGUUCUAAAGAUAAAAGAGAUUCGAAAACGAGCUCAUCGAGUUCACAUCGGUCUGAUAAAGACAGGAAGAGCAGUAGUAAGAGCAAACAUGAGGACAAAGAUAAGAAAAAGGAUAAAAAAGAGACCGACGAUCAUUAUAGUGUCUCUGGAAGAGGCAACCAUGGUAGACGGUCGACUGACAGAGACUCCAACGAUGGCAGUUCGUCUUCCAAAGGCUCCCAUAACCAGACCUGGUCUAAAACCACAGAAAGCAAAAAAGAAACUAAAGAAUCGAGCUCAAAGUCAGAUAACACGUCAACUAGUGGAGAAUCCACCAGCCCCAGUGAUAAAGACCAGGGAGUUGUUACAGCUAAUGACAUGAAAAGUAACCAAAAGCCCAUCAGAGUCGAAAAUCAUUUAGAGAUACCCAUCGCAAGCCCUCCAAGACUCCCUUUUGUCCCAGACGUCACAUUAAAAAAACCUAAAUUCGCCGCUAAUUUAGAAGAAGCUAAACGUAUGAUGAAAAUGAGAAAGUUCUUAGAUGAAGAACAGAAGAGAAUGAACCAAGAAGCUGCGUUGCUACUUGAGUUCCAGGCUAACGUAAGACCUAGUCUUAGUCAGGUGUACUCUAGCAUACCUGGACCAGAACUAGAGUUUGCGUGUAUUACUAAUGAACAAGUUGAAGUAGAAGAAGUUAAAGAGCCCGUCACACAACCGAUGGUUGUAGAAGAAAGUGUAACAGAGCUGAAAACUGAACAAGUGUCUAAUGAUGCUCCCAUACAAACAAUAGAAAAUGAAAUAGAAGAAUUCGAGAUUAAAAUAGAAAUCAAAUGUGAAGAUACCAUGACGGAGACAGAAUCGACUGACGACAAAGAUUUGGAUGACUCCAAGUCUUCGCUAGAUAAAAGUGAAACGUACAACGAAAACAAACCAUUCUCACAACUCAUGGAUGAAAUAUCAGAAUACAGUAAGGCGUCGGAGAAAAACAAGAAAGACUCGCUAGAUAGCAUACAAGACGAUGACAAAAAACGUACAGAACUAUUAGAGGUUGCCAUAAUUGCUGAAGUGAUAGAAAGUAAUAAAAGUAUACCCGAAAAACUGGCUGAAUCACCGGUAAAUACAGAGCCUAAAUCACCCGAAAUUGAAGAAAUACCAGUUAAUACUGAAGAUGUACCGGCUCUUACCGAGACCAACAAAGUUACGGAACCCGAGAUUGAGGUACCGAAAAACCCGGAAAAUCCUGAUGAAGAGAACCUCAAAUAUUUUGCAGAACACGAGAAAUUCGACGCAGAGAUACAAAGACAAGAAUUCAGCACUUUCCUAAAAACAUUCACGGAAGAAAACUUAAUUCCGAACAAAAUUCACGUUAUAAACUGCGAUACAUACGAAGAAAAUAUUCUCAAAGAGGUCUGUGCUAACUUCGGGAGCUACGAAGUCGUGAACUAUUACAAAAACGGCCAUUUGCGACUACCGUCAUCGGCCAAAAAUGUCGUUAAAAACAUUAACUUGGUAACUGAGAUCUCGUUACCUGUUGAUCCAGUUGAUACGACUUAUGAACCAAAAUCUCCAUCACCGGUUUUCAGUCCUGUCAAAUCUGAAUGCUCAUUCGAACUGUCCAGUGAUUACGAUGCUAAGUUAGAGGAAAUGGUCAACAAAACGUCUCGACAAGAAGUCAUGGAGAUUAUACUCGGCAGCGUUAUCGAUGAAAGUGAUAAUCCGACAAUCGAUUACUGUACGGAAUCGAGUAUCGAUAGUGAGGUGCAUUUGAAGAGAAAGCUAGUCGAAGUUGAAAGCCCGAAGAAUAAUAAUAGGCAUGUGUUGGCUAAAAUGAGAAAGCUCAGCGAUUCGGAUCAAAUCUCGUCGACUACUGAAGAAAGCGAAGAGAUAUCGAACAACAAUAAAGUUUGUAGCACGACACGGUCGAAAUACUUGGGCCGGGCGAGGCGAGUCGGCUUGCCGCGACCGAGGCGGAAUAAUUUACCAAACAGUCCAUCCAGUGACAAAUCAGUGGAGAACUACGAACAGAACACUCAGUCAACACCGCAGACACCGAAUGGCAAGUUCAAGUCCGUCACGAGAAACAAAGUCCAGAGAUACGACACCUCGGACCUCUACAAGCCGAAACUACACUAUCUAUCCAGAAGAAACAAUAUCAGCUAAGUAAAACAACUCAAAUUAAUCGGAAUAUAGUUUAAUCACCAUGUAAAGCAAUUUUUCUUUACUUGCUUUUCAAACAAUCACCGAUUGGUGCAAUAUAUGUCUAUGGUAUUAGAGUGAUCACAAUGUUAGAUGUUCCUUUUAACUCAAUCACCACUGUGAGCAAAAUUGGUGAUUAGUGUUCUGUUGAUUGGUAAUGUUCGUUCCUUCUCCCGGCUACUGGUUGUAUUUAAGGGAGGCAUUGUGGGAUGGUAGAUAAAUAUAAUUAAUUGCCGGACAAUGAUGGUUGUAAAGAUUUAUAGUAGAAGUGAUAAUCGGAAUGCAAUGUAAUGUAAUGACGAAUUCUUUUAUCAAAUUUCAGCUCAUUGUUGUUCAUAUGGUACAAAAAAACAUUUUUGAACUCUCUGUAUAAGAAAAUUGUGUGGAAGUUCAAUUUUAUGGGGUUGACUACCACUAUGCAUAGACUGUUGCUUACACAAUGGCAACAUUUUUUAUAGGAGGUAGUUUACCCAUACAUCUUUUAAAUGUAUGCACAACCCUCAAAAACAAAAUGGCUGUUCUGUUUAAAAGGAGUGGUUCGCAAUUCAUUUUAUUUAUUACGAAUUCACCAUGUUUUACAAUCUCAGCUGUCAAUUGUAUAAUGUUACUGUUAAUUUUAAAUACUUGCCCUUUUAUAAUGAAGUGCCCUACGGUGCUUUUUUAAUUUUAAUUCUGGUUUUCAUUAAACGUUUUAAUAUUCAUUAGAACUUAGAAACAUCCACUCAUACUCCCCAUUGUUAUUUUAAAUAUAGAUUAAAAAAAA